AUGGAGAUGGCCUUGCAGCGCCUGAUGCAUCCACAACUACCCUGUGGAUAUCCUCGCAACCGAGCCUGCUCAUCCCGCAGAUGGGCCAUCCUGCGCCCCGACGUCGAGAGCGGCGGGCUUCAGAUUCGUGGACCGAUGGUGUCGGUACGCUACUACAAUAACCCCGAGGCUACGUCCUCUAGUUUUAUUGAGGGCGGCUGGUACCGCACUAGCGAUAUUAGUAUCAUCGAGAAUGGCGUCAUGCCCCUUAGCGAUUGUAUUAAAGACACUAUCAUCCAUGGCGUCUCAUGGGCUCGAAACCACCUCCAGAUGGUUGAAGGGAUCACGCACUCAUUCCUCGCUGCUGCUCCCUACCGUGCUCCUGGCCAGGAGACCGAAGGGCUCAUCAUUUUCUACUCAUGCCUUCACGAGCUCUUCGCCCCGUACCAGGCCCUGCGGAAUAUCUGUGUGAUGAUCACCCUGCCACCUCAGUUUGUGAUUUUCAUCCAUGUGAACCAGAUGGAGAAGACCACUCUCGGGAAACUAUGGAGCGGUGCAUCCGCGACUGUGUGCCUUUCGCUGGCGGAGUUCACUUAUCAAAAAUCGACGUUUUUAAAAGCUCUUGAAUAUCGAUCGUCUGCAGCGUCUAUCACUGGUGAUGGUUCCCGAGGCCCAUACAAUCAGAUUCCUCGGUCCAAAGACUUCUUUUCGUGCUGCUUGCAAGGUCCUGAUCGUGAAUUUCGACACCACUUUAGAGUCAGUCGAGACACCUUUGACUGGCUGGUAGCAAAACUAGCAGAUAAUACAAUUUUUACUUCAACUGUGGCCUUGGCUGUGGAUCUACGUGGCUUCUUUGCCGAUCGCAAUUUUGGAGCAAUUGUGCCUGCACGUGCGCGUUUUGCACCACCUUUGGCAUGCGGUGGUGGCAUGAACGAGGCGCUGGUCAUAUGCGGAGUUGUGAUGAUUGCUCCUGCACGGAGCGCUCUUUCGAUGGUCAACGGAACGGAGUGCGUGUUAUUUGCGAAUGUUGACGGAUGCCGGGUGCCUGCCGAACGUUAA